UACGGAAGGAGGCCCUCCCUCCCCGGCUGGUCAAUGCUCACACGGUCACACCCGAAAAAACAAAACAACAGACAAAACUGAAGAAGAAGAAUAUGAUCAGAAUUUAGCAACAAACAAUCUCACAACAAAACCCACCAGACUCUCAAUGGCUGGAAACUUCCUCCCGGCGGCGGAAGUCACCGCGAGCGGCCGACCGGUGCUCCUGCCAAACGAGAUCGAGUGCUUUCUCCUCUCCUCCGUCGACCUCGAAUGCGACGAGCUUCCAAAUUUCCCCACCCUCCGUUCGGGCCUCCUCUCCCUCACCACUCACCGCCUCCUAUGGCUCCCCGAAUCCACCACCGCCUCCGCCUCGGCGAUCCCUCUCGCCGCAGUCACUCACAUCUUCUCUCCCAAGAAAUCCUUCCGCUCCAUGUUCGCCUCUCCAAGAAUCCGCUGCCAAAUCUCCGUCUCGCCCGAGGGCGGGUUAAUCGCUUCGGCCUCGGCCUCGGGUUCGAGAUCGGUGGUGGUGACGAUGGUGGUGCGGGGGAAGGGCGAUUGCGACGCCUUCUUGGCCAAGCUCUGGGAGAGCUGGAGAGGUAGGGCUUGGGAGAGUGAGGUUGCGGCUUCGAGUGAUCAAUCCGGCUCGGGCUCGGGCUCGGGCUUGGUCUCGGCUUCGGGAGGGUUGUAUAGGAGCGACGGGACGCUGAGGAUGGUUGGGGUUUCGGGGAUAUUGAGGAAAGAGCAGGAGAUGUGGGAGAGCACUGAUAAGAGCUUGCAGGAUGCUUUCCAAGAUUUGAAUGCUCUUAUGAGUAAGGCCAAAGAGAUGGUGAUGCUUGCAGAGAAAAUGAGGCAAAAACUCUUGUCCGGCACGAAUUCUCAAACCGGUGCAGAUGAUGAGGAAAUGGGUUCCAAACAAGAGAUGCAAGAUUGGUUGUUGAGUGUUGGUAUUUUAUCUCCUGUUACCAAAGAGUCUGCAGGUGCUCUGUACCACCAACAAUUGUCCCGUCAGUUGGCAGAUUUUGUCAAAAUUCCGCUUGAGAGGGCUGGAGGAAUGAUUAAUCUUAUAGAUAUCUAUUGUCUCUUCAAUCGCGCUAGAGGCACAGAACUGAUAUCACCAGACGAUUUACUGCAAGCAUGUAUGCUUUGGGAGAAGUUUGAUGUACCUGUGAUGCUUCGAAAGUUUGAUAGUGGAGUCAGGGUCAUCCAAAAUAAGUCCCACAGUGAUGAGGAGGUUUUUGCUAGAAUCAAGACCCUCACAACAAAACCUGAUGCUCUUCGAACUGGGAUAAGCGCCAGCGAUGCUGCAAUGACAUUAGGGAUUGCACCAGCAAUGGCCAAGGAACAGCUUCUUACUGCUGAAAGUAAAGGUCUGCUGUGCAGAGAUGUAAGCCCCGAUGGCUUUCGAUUUUAUAUAAAUCUGUACUACGAACUUGAUCCAAAUGACAUCUACUUAGCGAAGGAUUAUGGGGUCUAUGCAACCUGGAUAAAGGCAGCCCUGGCUUCUAGAUAAGAGUUGGUUUAUCCGUUGGUCUUUUUCAUAAGGCUGAAUAUAACUCCCACAAAAUACCUCAAACGCAGCCAGUCUACCCCUUCUGGAUUUCCAAAGCUAGUGUUUCUUCCUUUCGUGACUUUUAGCCUGCUGCAAGUACAUGUCAAUUUGCAGUUGAAGAAACUUGGGCAAACUUUUUUCCAUAUUUUUCUGCGGAGAGGUUUUGGCCCAAUGUAUAUGUAUUAUCUCGAUUUAAUGGUCGUAACAAUAAGAAAGGUAAUGGCGGGCUAAUGAUUAUAGCAAUUUUGACAUAAUUCGUUAAGGUGUUUCGGUGACAAACGGUAUAAAGAAGGUUUGUAGAGUAUUGAUA